CCUUAAGCGUCGUAGUACUCGGUUACUCGCAGCUCGUGUCAGGUUGGUUUGUUACGUUCACGCGCAGACUGAACAAAAGUGCUCGCUACUAUCGAUUUUGUACAGAAAUUUUUAAAUUCACACCAGAAAAGCAAGAAAAGAAAGCGCUGAAUACAAAAAAAUACAAGCGAAAUACAAGAAAAAGUGAGAAGAAAUAUUUAUUUGAAGUAUUUAAAAGUGUUAAAAACGUAAUUAAACGCUGGUGACUGUGUGUGCUUGAAAAAAAUGUGUAUUCUGAAUAACUGUUAUACCAACAGCUGAAAAAUUUUCAUCCAUCUAUACUGUGUAUGUUGGCCUUUACUGGCUGGUUGACGGGCUGACUGUGCUGCUUUUCUAUAGUUGCCGUAGCGUUUGUGCGUGUGCGUGUGACUGGUGCGUGCGUUGGCCAUGCCCUGCACACAAAAUAACUGCUUCGCCCCUCCCGCAACACUUCAAUGUGCGCCUUUGGCUAUUUACUGCUAUUCUCGCUAUUUCUAACAUCGAUACUGGUAUUUCUAAUAUUGACUGCGACAGCGACCAAGGAAUCGCUUUUGGAAAUUUUACAUUUCGAUAAUGUGCAACAACAACAACAAGAAUAGCUGGAUAAAACAAUAAAUGCAAAAUAUACUGAAAAAAUUACACAAAAACGCCUAAAAGUGACCUGCGCAAAAUUGUUUCUAUUAAGUUUUUACGUAUAAUACUUGUUGUCUUCAGUUUGGCAAUUGCUCUGUGAAUUUGGUUAGCUCGUGAAACGCACGACUGCAUUAAGCAACUGUUUAAACUACUACGAACAUAAAAACGAAAACUUCGAGCAUAAAUUAUUUCAAUUGAAAAACGAAAUAAGUUUUUAAAGGAAAAGUGCAAAAAAAUAUGAAAUUUGUAACAGCUACUCACUUGGAUUAAUUUUGCAUGCUGUUUUGAAGCAGCAUAACGGAGAGGAAUAAAAAGUUUUAAAGCUUCUAGUGUGUUAUUAAGGCCUUUGGGCCUCUCUCACCGCCAACAUGUCGUCCGUUAAGGUGGCGGUUCGAGUGCGACCCUUCAAUUCGCGUGAAAUUGGUCGAGAAUCAAAAUGUAUAAUACAAAUGAGCGGUGCAACCACCGCCAUCACAAAUCCCAAAGUACCAAUAAACAGCAGCGAAGCCAUCAAAAGCUUCAAUUUCGAUUAUUCCUAUUGGUCACACGAUCCACGCGAUGCCGAAUUCUCCACCCAAGAGAUGGUCUACAAGGACAUCGGCGAGGAGAUGUUGCAGCACUCCUUCGACGGCUACAAUGUGUGCAUAUUCGCCUACGGUCAAACCGGUGCAGGCAAAUCAUACACAAUGAUGGGCAAACAGGAGGAGCAUCAAGAGGGCAUCAUACCGAUGAUUUGUAAGGAUCUCUUCAAUCGUAUACACGACACGGAAACAAGUGAACUCAAGUAUUCGGUUGAGGUUUCAUAUAUGGAAAUCUAUUGCGAACGUGUACGCGAUUUAUUAAAUCCGAAGAACAAAGGCAACUUGCGCGUACGUGAGCAUCCAUUGCUCGGUCCAUACGUGGAGGAUUUAUCCAAGUUGGCCGUUACCGACUAUCAGGACAUACACGAUCUCAUCGAUGAGGGCAAUAAAGCGCGUACUGUGGCCGCUACCAACAUGAAUGAGACCAGUUCUCGCUCACAUGCCGUUUUCACCAUAUUCUUUACCCAACGUCGUCACGACAAUAUGACCGAUCUGACCACCGAGAAGGUUUCGAAAAUUAGCUUGGUUGAUUUGGCUGGUUCGGAACGCGCUGACUCGACUGGCGCCAAAGGCACACGUUUGAAGGAGGGUGCUAACAUCAAUAAAUCAUUGACCACGCUCGGCAAAGUCAUCUCGGCCUUGGCUGAAAUUGCUUCUAAGAACAAGAAAUCAAAGAAAGCCGAUUUUAUACCUUAUCGCGACUCUGUAUUAACCUGGUUGCUGCGCGAGAACUUGGGAGGCAACUCUAAAACCGCUAUGAUUGCUGCUAUCUCACCAGCAGACAUUAACUAUGAUGAAACAUUGAGUACAUUGCGUUACGCCGAUCGCGCCAAACAGAUCGUAUGCAAGGCCAUCGUCAACGAGGAUGCCAAUGCCAAACUUAUACGUGAGCUCAAGGAGGAGAUACAGAAGCUGCGCGAUCUCUUGAAGGCCGAGGGCAUCGAAGUGCAAGAAGGGCCCGAUGGUAAAGUGGUUUGUGAGAAGCGCGACUCGAAUAAAGAUGAAAUGACCAAAUCGGGCAGUGGACCAAUAAAGUCGCCAACAAAGACACGCAAUCGCAAUGGUUCGACUACUGAAAUGGCAGUUGAUCAGCUGCAGGCCAGCGAAAAAUUGAUUGCAGAACUCAACGAGACUUGGGAGGAAAAACUUAAACGCACCGAAGAGAUACGCUUACAACGCGAGGCGGUGUUUGCUGAAAUGGGUGUAGCCGUAAAGGAGGAUGGCGACACUGUUGGUGUAUUUUCACCAAAGAAGACACCACAUUUGGUCAAUCUAAAUGAAGAUCCCAACUUAUCGGAAUGUCUACUCUACUACAUUAAAGACGGCAUUACACGUUUGGGCACACACGAGGCCAACGUGCCACAAGAUAUACAAUUGUCGGGUUCGCAUAUUUUGAAAGAGCACUGUACUUUCGAAAAUCGUAGCAGUACCGUUACACUUAUACCGCACAAAGAUGCUUUGGUCUAUUUGAAUGGCCGCAAAUUAGUCGAACCCGAGGUGUUGAAGACCGGUUCGCGUGUUAUACUGGGUAAAAAUCAUGUAUUUCGCUUCACCAAUCCCGAGCAGGCGCGUGAGUUGCGCGAUAAGAUCACAGAGAAUACAGAAAACGAGAAUGAGAAUGAGACGGAGAAGUGCGACACACAGCAGGUGGACUGGAAUUUCGCACAAUGUGAGCUGUUGGAGAAGCAGGGCAUAGAUUUGAAGGCCGAAAUGCAGAAGCGUUUGGAUAACUUGGAGGAGCAGUAUAAGCGCGAGAAGAUGCAGGCCGAUCAGCAGUUCGAGGAACAGCGGAAGAAUUAUGAAGCGCGCAUUGAUGCGCUGCAAAAACAAGUCGAAGAACAAUCGAUGACUAUGUCGAUGUACAGCAGCUAUUCACCAGAAGAUUUCCAUCAGGAAGAGGAUUUAUACACCAAUCCACUCUACGAAUCAUGCUGGAAUGCACGAGAAGCCGGCUUAGCUGCCUGGGCAUUCCGUAAAUGGCGUUACCAUCAAUUCACUUCACUGCGUGAUGAUCUCUGGGGCAAUGCCAUAUUCUUGAAAGAGGCAAAUGCCAUCUCUGUAGAGUUGAAGAAGAAGGUGCAAUUUCAAUUCACACUACUCACCGACACACUCUACUCACCACUACCACCUGAGCUGGCCUCAGCCGCUACGCCCUUGCAAAGCGAGGAUGAAUUUGGUGCGCCACCAGUUUCGAAAACCAUUGUGGCUGUAGAGGUGACCGACACCAAAAACGGUGCCACACACUAUUGGUCCUUGGAGAAAUUGCGACAACGCUUGGAGUUAAUGCGCGAAAUGUAUCACAACGAGGCUGAACUUAGCCCCACUUCACCCGAUUACAAUGUGGAGAGCCUGACUGGCGGUGAUCCCUUCUACGAUCGUUUCCCUUGGUUCCGCAUGGUCGGACGUUCGUUCAUCUAUCUGAGUAAUCUGCUAUAUCCGGUACCCUUGGUACAUAAGGUGGCUAUUGUCAAUGAACGUGGCGAUGUGCGUGGCUACUUGCGCGUGGCAGUGCAACCAGUUUUGGAUGAGGAGUCCAUUGACUUCAAUAAUGGCGUCAAGCAAUCGGCACGCUUAGUUUUCAACGAAGAUGAUGCCAAGCCGAAGUAUCGCGCUUUGAAUGAGAAGGAUGAUGUGCAGCGUUAUAUCGAUAACGGCGGUUUAGAUAGCAAGCUUGAAGAACUUGAGGAUGCUGAUUCUGGACGUGGCAUUGAUUCAAACUCUGCCUCUGAGUGUCAAGAGGCUAAUGAAGAGCCUGGUGAACACUUGCAGAUUGGCAAAGAAUUCACAUUCCGUGUUACCGUGCUACAGGCUACAGGAAUUGGCGCUGAAUACGCUGACAUUUUCUGUCAGUUCAACUUCUUGCAUCGUCAUGAGGAGGCCUUCUCCACCGAACCAGUCAAGAACUCAGCUUCGGGCGCACCACUUGGCUUCUACCACGUGCAAAAUAUAACUGUACCCGUUACCAAAUCUUUCAUUGAGUAUUUGAAAACCCAACCGAUCAUGUUUAAGAUCUUCGGACAUUACCAAACACAUCCUUUGCAUAAGGAUGCCAAGCAGGAAUUUGUUUCACGACCACCACCACGCCGUAUGCUUCCACCAAGCAUUCCCAUUAGCCAACCGGUGCGCAGCCCCAAAUUCGGCCCACUACCAUGCCCAUCGACGUCGACAGUUUUGGCAAAACAUGAUGUCUUGGUUUGGUUUGAGAUAUGCGAAUUGGCUCCGAACGGCGAAUAUGUGCCAUCGGUGGUUGAGCACAGCGACGAUCUUCCAUGCCGUGGUCUAUUCAUGCUCCAUCAGGGCAUACAACGUCGCAUACGUAUGACUAUCGUACACGAACCGACAGCCGAAGUGAAAUGGCGCGAUAUACGUGAACUUGUUGUGGGACGUAUACGCAAUACACCCGAAUCUUCAGAUGAUUUGGAUGAAGACUCGUGUGUUUUGUCAUUGGGCUUAUUCCCCGGCGAAACAGUCGAUGUACCCGGUGAUGACCGUUCGUUCUAUCGUUUCGAAGCCGCUUGGGAUUCGAGCUUACACAAUUCUACAUUGCUGAAUCGCGUUACACAGGCUGGCGAGACAAUUUACAUUACUUUGAGUGCUUAUUUGGAGCUCGAGAACUGUGCACGCCCUGCUAUAAUCACCAAAGACCUCAGUAUGGUCAUUUACGGACGUGAUGCACGCACCGGACCACGUUCGUUGAAACAUCUCUUCUCCGGACAGUAUCGCAAUCCCGAAGCUAAUCGUUUGUCUGGCGUUUAUGAAUUGUCAUUGCGUAGAGCCUCUGAAGCAGGUAGUCCAGGUGUGCAACGCCGACAGCGACGCGUACUUGACACCAGUUCGACUUAUGUGCGUGGCGAGGAGAAUCUUUCCGGCUGGCGGCCACGUGGCGAUUCGCUCAUUUUCGAUCAUCAAUGGGAGCUGGAGAAGUUGACGCGCCUCGAGGAGGUGGGACGUGUACGCCAUUUGUUGUUGUUGCGCGAACGUCUCGGCAUGGACACAAAUCCAAAUCCAACAACAAAGACCGAGAAGGACGUCUGCAAUUUGGCAGCGCGUGCGGCCACAUCACCCGUACAUAUGGUCAUACCACCAUCUCCACAGACGCCCGUCAAGGAUCCACAACAGAUUGUGCCCGAGCGGGAGUACAAUCAGAGAGAGCAAGAGUUGAUGCAGAAGUGCUUGAAGUUGGUGCAGGGCACCUACAACAAAGCAACAGAUCCCACAGCAGAGUCAACCACACAGUCGGAUGUAUCGCCGAGUGAUGAGGGCUGCGCUGACAUGACCGUUAGCUGCAUCUCCAGCAACUCUAUCGAAACAACACCAAAAAUUAGAAGAAGGUUAUGUUCGCCCGAUCGCGCUGAUGCGCCCAAUGGUUGGGAGGCGCCAGCACCCGCUACACAACCGGCAUUACCACUUCGCUUGUACGUUCCCGAGUUGGAGGAGAUUAGGGUUAGCGCUGUGGUGGCGCGCAAGGGUGUGCUGAAUGUAUUGGAACAUGGCGGUUCCGGCUGGAAGAAGCGCUGGGUGAUUGUGCGUCGCCCUUAUGUUUUCAUCUACAAGUCCGAGAAGGACCCAGUGGAGCGUGCAGUAUUGAACUUAGCGACCGCACAGGUUGAGUGCAGUGAAGAUCAGGCUGCGAUGGUUAAGAUACCUAACACAUUUAGUGUUGUCACUAAACAUCGUGGUUAUCUGCUUCAAACCUUGGGUGAUAAGGAGGUACACGAUUGGCUAUACGCCAUAAAUCCGCUAUUGGCUGGACAGAUAAAGUCAAGACUGGCACGUCGCACAUUGGAGUCGGCAUCGCAAACCGCAUCACAAAUUCAAGCCACAACGGCGUCAAAUGCACAGACAAACAACAAAUGAGAUACAAUUACGAUGGAAUCCGUAUUAGUGUUUUAAGGGCAGAGUGUUUCUGAACAGUAUAUGCAAACAACAAAAACAAAACUAAUUGAGAUUACAACAAAAAUAAGAAAUAAUUAUGUAUUAUUUAGUUAUAAAUAUUAAGAAAAUUAUAUAUCUACACAUACAUACAUGCAUAUAAGCAGUUAUAUGUAUGCAUAUGUACACACACACACUCAUACACACAUAAAAUGCAUAUAUGACAGGUUCAUAUAUGGUAUUAAUGAAUGCAGGCGAGCAGUAAAUGAUAAUAAUGAAUACAGGAAAGUUAGCUAAAAAACAAAAAUAGUGAAAAGGAACUUAAGCCGUUAUGAAAAACACUGAGCGCAAACACACACAUACAAUGAAUUAGUGAAAAAAUGCAAGUAAGCUGAGAGCGAAGCAAAGCGUUGAGUAUUUAUGCAAAAUAUUGACAGAAACAUUUGGUCCAAGCCGCAGAGGAUUCCGUCGUGCGAAAACCGUUAGGCAGUAAUUUUUUUGAACUUUCGUUUCUCUACUACUUUUCGAGCGGACUGGCAAAGCAGUUGUGUUGUAGUAAACGUGGGAGUUGUAGCGCUGUUUGUAUGCUAGUAGCGUGCGUUUUAGUUGUUGUAUUUAUUGUAUUUGUAAAAUUCGAUAUUUUUUUGUAGUGAAUUUUCUCAUUUUCUCAAAAUAUAAAAAUGCAUAAAAAUAUAUAUUGUAUUAAAUAAAAGUAUAUUUAAAAACAAAAAUAUAUAUAUAUUAAAUAAAAUAUUUACUCAUUCACUCUAAUUGUGUGCAAAAAAAAUUAAUUAAUUAGUGUAAGAAAAAAGCAAAAAUUGCGAACUAAAAAACAAAAAAUACGCUUCACUGUUAUCAGAAAAAAAUGUAACAAAAAUUAUAUAAAAGCAUACUAAGCAACAUGAACAAAUUGUAAUUUAUUAUAACUGUUAUUUAUUUAUUUAAAUAUUUAAUUUAAUUAUUUUAAUUGUAGACAAGUGUAAGUGUAAGUUUUGUAUUUUUAUUUUUAAGUUUUAUAUUUAUUUUUCCUGUAAAUAGUUUAAUUUUUGCAAAAUCAGCAAAUUAAUGCAAUAAAAAAUAAACAACAAAAUCUAGCAUUUUAUAAUGCAUGUACAUUAAAUUGUAUGUUCAAAAGUUUUUAGAAAUUAUGCAUUAAAAAUUAAUUAAUUUUAAAAUAUUUUAAAAUAGCAAUUCAUUUUCGCUCCACUAAUAUACAGCUUUUAAUGUGUAAAUGUAGUUCAUAAUGGAAAAAGAAAAAAAGUAUUGUAAAGAGCAAAAUAAAGACAACAGUCAUAUUUAUAAAGCAUAUGUAUGUACGACGUAGUUGAAAUAACGCUAGUUUAAUUAGCAAAGCAAAAGGAUUGACGUGAGCAGGUAUAUGCACACAGUUGUAUGAGAAUGUAUACAGAUGUAGGCAAUUUAAUUUUUGUUUUUGUUAUUUACAAUAUUUAAAACAAUUUAAUUUUUGGUUAUACUGUUGCUGAACAUAAUGGUAAAGCUAGCAUGCUUUCAUAAAAACAAAAUUUUUAACAUUUUUUAGCUAAAAACUCGAACUAACCUCAAAAAAAAUAUUUUUUAACAAUUUUUCCGAAUUUAUUUUUUCGGUUCAAACACCGUAUUGAGGUUAGCUGCAACAGUGUGAUCAGUAUUUUUACUGUUUUAAUAUUUUUGUAUAUUUUUUUUAUUUAUUAAUUUUUAUUUUUUAUUUAUUUUUAAUUUUUAUUUGAAAUAUUUCACUGUACUUUUGAAAACAAAAAAUUAAAUGUAUAAAAAGCAAAUGUAAUUGAUGUAUUUAGCAAAAAAAAACACAAUAAAUUCUAUGUAAUAUGUAAAACAAUUGACCUACUAGGCGCUAUAAAUGCACUAAUAUGGAUUCCACGUGAAUACAGUAAGGCAAGAAAAUAAGAAAACAAAACUUAAAACUGAAAAAAAAAUAAAUUAUUUAAAAUUAAUAUAUAAUUACAAUUGUAACAAAAAGUGCGGAAAUAUAUAAAAAUAAUAUUAAUAAAAAAAUAUUUAAAACCAAAAUAUUUAUGCUAAAUUACAUAAGUUAUUAAAAAAAAUAUUAAUUAAAAUAUUUAUUAUUUAAAAAAACACUUAUACUUAACAAAAAAUAGCAUAUUAUUUAAAACAAAAGUAUUAAAAAUAUAUGAAAAAUAUUAUUUAAAAACAAAAAAAACAAUAAUUUUUAAUGAAAUAUGAAUAUGUAUGUAUGUAUACAGCAAAAAAAUUAAAAAACCAAAAAUUAGUUAUUAAACCAACAAAUAUAAAACAUGUUUCAUGAAGUAAAUGCUGAAUAGUGUUAUCAAAUGCGAGAAAUAUUUGGAAAAUUUAUUCACUGAACACAAAAAUUAAUUUACACAAUGUACUCAAAGCCCAACUAAGAAGCGUUAAAUAAAAUUAAAAUUUAAAAAGAAAAAAUUAAAAUUUUAAAACAUUUCAUGUUUCGAAUAUAGCUGCGAGUAGAGGUUUUCUGAAUACACAUUUAUUAAAGCUUUUCUCAUACAAGAGAUUGGGGAUUCUCAAUAAAAAUGUUAUUUUCUAAAGCUUUCUUACCUUCUCAAAUUUCAAAAACUAAAUCAACACAAACUCUUCAAAAGUGCAGUGAAGUUAGUUGUAAGAUGUCUUCAAAAUAUCGUAUGUCAUUAACCACAUCCCUCCAUUUCAAAGACAAACUUGAAAAUUGUUACUAAAUGCUCAUAAAAUUAAAUAAAAAUUAUUUUAGUAAAUAAUACGUUUUGAUAAGUUGAAAAUACAACAACACAGAUAUGACUACGAAAACUCUGCGUAAUUUGGGCAAAAGCGGAAACGGCGUAAAAUCGUUACAUUGUAUGAUCUAGAGAUGAAUCAAGCACUUAAACAUAAAUUCAAUAUGUUUCACUUCGAAAAAGCUUUUGAAAACAUUUGUGCUUAACCAAAGCUUUUUAAUGUGAAAAGCUUGUAUUUGUUGUAUUUUAAAUUUCAAUGUUUGACUUAGAUUGCAAAUAUUUCUUUGAGCUUUCAAAGUUUUAUUAAAGCUUAACGGCUUACUUUUUAAGCUCAAUAGCUGGGUUUUGUUGAAUUUUGUGCUUUAAAGAAUGGUUUAGAUUGAUAAUAUGUUUUUGAGCUUUCAAAGCUUUCUAUACAAUUUUCAAAAAACUUUAAUUCACACAUCAAAUUCAUGCAUUAUCGCUUAUAAAAUUGCAAAAAAGCUAAAUAUCUUUAAUUUUCUUAAAAGCUCAAUUUUGCUUAGUUUUAGUUAAAAAAACAGUUAUUAGCGAUUUGAGCGUAAAGUUUUUUAAAUAUUCUUAAAUUUACAGAUCAGUUACAGAAAUAAUUGAAUUUCAAGCCAAUUAAUAAGCUUUCAUGUUCUUAAAAUAAGUAUUAAUAUUUUUGAGAUUCAUAAUUUUUAUAAAUCGUGUGAUUUUCCUCAUAUACGUAACUGUAUAUAUUUUAUAUACAAUAUUAAUGUAAAAAAUUAAUUUAGUUAAUUAAAAUCGCAGUUUUUAACAACUUUUAAUUUCGAAAGCUUUAAAGCGCACACUUUUAGUAGAGCAAAGAGUGUAGCACGCCGAAAAAGCUCCAUAUGAACGAGCUUAGUGUAGUUGGUGGAGUUAACAAUUGAGUUGUGAUUAAGCACAGUGAAAGCUUUUAAUGGCGCGCUUUCGUUGUUCACUAACGGUGAAUAAAUGUUAAGCGCAAGGUGAAGUAAGUGAGUUUACAGUCUGAAAUAAUAAAAUUAUUGUUUAACAUUUUUAUGAAUAAUUUUCUUUAGUAAAAUUUCAAAAUUUUUAAGCGUAGCUUGUGCUUUGUUCUGGCAAUGUGUGCAUGGUGAAAGCGCUAAGUUUAAAUUUGUUAAAUUAACAUUUAUUUAUUUAUUAUUUAUUUGUUGUUUAAAUAUAAAAAGAGUAAUUAUUAUUUAAUGAAAGUAUUAAAAGUACGGAACUUCAAAGUUGCAUGUGAGAAUUAAAAAAAAAGUAAUAAUUAAAUAAUUAAUAAAAAAUCAAAACAAAACUACAAAUUAAGCAGUUAUUGAUAUUAUAAAAAUAAAACAAAAUAUAAAAUAAAUUGUACAACACUUUCGAACCGAUAUAUACACUGAGAAAAAUAUAUACACACUUACUUAUGUAACAAAUAGUAAGAGGCAACAAUAAGUUAUUUAAAUAAAUGUCUUAUACUCUGAAAAAAAAAAUUAAAUGAAAUAAAAUUAUACAAAAAGUGAAAAAUGCAUUGUGGGCAAUUUAACAGGCAUUUAGGUGCUUUGUAGCAGAAAAAAGAACAACAACAAAAACAGAAAAAGUAUAUUUAAUAAUAUUAAAUAAAUAUAUAUACAUACAUACAAAUAUAACCAAUAAAAACAUGACCAGCAUAGCAAAAAACUCACAUAAAACAUACAUACAACAGCACACCAUACAUAAAAUACAGACAUACAAUACCAACAUAUAAACACCACUCAUGAUAUACAUAAAAACAUAAAAGACAUACAUAUAAACACAAAAAAUAUCUACAUAUAAGUAUAGUAAAAUGAGGAAAAUGAUGAAGCAUUAUAUUUAAAGGAUUUAAAAAAUAAAAUUUGAAAAAGUUGAGAUCAAUAAUUAAUAUAUAGAGACACACUGUGGCAAGCAGCGCAGCAAACCGAAAUGCAAAUAUGUAUACAUAAAGCUGGAAAAGUGAAAUGAAAGUAAGAGUAUAUAUAAUAAAUUGAAAUUAAAGGCGAAAAAAUGUAUGGAAAUUUAUUCAAAGCUAAAUGUGUACUAUCUCAAGAUAUUAUACGACGUGAGCGUAUCACUAUUAUUACUUAUUAUUAUUAUUAUAUUAUGAUUAUUAUUACUAUUAUGAUUAUGAUUAUGAAUAAUAUAAAUAAAAAGGCUUUAAAUAAAAAUUGUAAAAUAACCAAA